CGAUAGAAGCGUAAACAAGUCGCCUAUGACUGACUUAGGGCUUCACCAAAUCUGUCUCGAGCAUUCAAGAUCAUUAUAUACCAGUGGGGACUAUUUUUUCCCCCGGACACCGUAGAUCGCUUCACCGUUAAACUUCUUCCGGCCACAUGUUGUUGCCAAAACAGAAAUGUUUUCAGACGACACAAAACCGCAAUUAUUGGAGUAUAUCAGGGACAGCCUUGAUCGGAACGUCUUCACUGGACCUUAUGGUCAAAGACAAGUUCUCUAUUUGGAUUACGUUGCAUCUGGAAGAGCUCUGUCUUUCAUUGAAGAAUACGUAAGGAAUGAAGUGUUACCCGACUAUGGAAAUACUCACACCACCACCAGCAUAACCUCCCUGCAGACCACUUUGUAUCGACACGAAGCAAGGGAUAUCAUACGAAAUGCUGCUAACGCCAGCGAACAUGAUGCUGUCAUAUUUGUGGGCAGUGGUACCACUGCUGCCGUUCACAAACUCAUUUUCUCACUGGACCUUAAGGAACCCCCUGUCAUCUUUGCGGGACCGUUUGAGCAUCACUCCAAUCUUUUACCGUGGAGAGAAAUUGGAUCAGAGGUGAUACAAAUCAAGACAAACAGCCAUGGCUCUGUUGAUAUUGGCGAUUUGGAGAGGAACCUUCAGGAAUUCUCGACCAAGAACUGUCAAAUGAUUGGCUCUUUCAGCGCUGCUUCCAAUAUCACUGGCGUCCUCACCAACGCCGACGCAGUAUCUGCCUGUCUCCACAGAUAUGGGGCUUUGGCGUUCUGGGAUUAUGCCACAGCUGCCCCCUACCUCACCAUCGACAUGAAUCCAGUUGUCCCUGGACCAGAUCAGCGCUAUGUCUAUAAAGAUGCAGUUUAUUUCUCACCACAUAAGUUCGUUGGAGGCAUUUCUACCCCAGGAAUUCUCAUUGCCAAGAAGUACCUCUUCAAGAACUCAACUCCAGAAGGCUGUGGUGGAGGCACAAUAUUCUUCGUGCGUCGAGAGAACCACCGUUUUCUACACGAACCAGAAAUGAGAGAAGAAGGUGGAACUCCUGAUAUUGUCGGUUCCAUUCGUGCCGGUUUGGUGAUGCAGCUGAAGCUGGCUAUUGGCACUGAUGUCGUUGCACAGAGAGAUCAACAACUUCUUAAAAAAGCCACCGACUGCUGGAAGAAAUGCAAGAAUUUGGUAAUUUUAGGGACCCAAUCUGUCCCCUCAUUACCAAUAUAUUCCUUCCUUAUUUAUCACCCGCAGACUGGCCGAUUCCUCCAUCACAAUUACGUCACGGCACUGCUUAAUGAUGUCUUUGGGAUCCAAUCAAGAGGGGGCUGUGCUUGCGCUGGUCCUUAUGCUGAAGAUCUGUUAGGAAUAUCAGAAGAGAAAGCAAAGGAAUUUGAAAAUGUUCUCACUGAAGACAGCCGUCUUGACCGAGUACAUUUGAAACGAUACCGGGAGUAUUCACCAAUGGAAAUCCUCAGACCAGGAUUCACCCGGCUAAAUUUACCAUUCUUUGUUGACAAUGAAACUUUGGAUUUUGUCAUCCAAGCUGUAGAGUUGGUUGCAGAAUUUGGUUGGCAUCUGCUUCCUCAGUACAGGUUCAAUCCGGAGACUGGAGAAUGGAGACACAAGGAUCUUCAGUCAGGUGCCAUGAAAUACAGAUCUCAAAAGAAUGGUUAUGGCAAUUCUUCAGUACCAGAUUACCAGGAGUGUUUAAGAGAAGCGAAAGACUUGUUCAAGACUGCUGAAAAGAUGAAAAUAUCACUUCCCGAUCAGAGUCUACUCUUUGAGAAUGGCACCCAGCAUCUGAGGUGGUUCCUGCUGCCGUGUGAAGCUUACACCUGUAUCUCUGAAGGGACUUUCACAAACUUCAUCUCGUUAGAUGCUCUACCGUUUGUUCCAAAAUCUUUUGCAAACGCCAACCGACAGGAAGAAAGUUCCGAUCUCACCGUGGUCGCGGGAAAUAACAGAAAAGAUGGUGUUGGAGAAGAAGGAGAUGGAGGGAGAGGAGAUGGAAAACCGGGAGACCAAGAAGUGGAAGAAGAAAUAGAAGUUAAGCAAGAAUGUGAAGAAGAAGAAAGUGGUACCAACAAAAUUGCUGCAAGUGUGCCACAGGUGGCAGCACAAAAUGCGAUUCAUGAGAGUUCUUUAUGUGACACUGGUAUGAGCCAUAGUGAAGAGUUCUGUAAAUCGAUUAAGAAUUUCCUGGAGAGGGGAUUUUCGUUUGGUCAUUGUGAUGAUCUGUCGGUCAGUUUUGACAAAACAUUGGUCUUGUCUGAGAGUGGACAUGGAUCUGACAAUUUGGACGUUAAUCCUACCUGCACUCCAGUUGGUACUACUCUCGAUGCUGCUUUUAAUCCUCUUAAUCCAUAUCUCUAUCCAAAUCCAGUUACAAAUUCUCAUCUUUCUGAUGCUACUAAUGUUAGUCCUAAUCUUAAGUUAUAUCAUGAUCCUGGUCUUAGCUUAAAUCCUAAUCCUAAUCCUGAUCCUAAUCUUAACACUAGCCAUAACCCUAACCUUAAUUUAAAUCCUAAUCCUAAUUUUAAUCCCAGUGUUAACCCUAUUCAUAAUCCCAAUCAUAACUCUAAUCCGAGUUUUAACAACUCUAAUCUUAAUCGUAAUCACACGCCCAGUUAUAAUUUUAAUCCUAAUCGCCAAAUCUCUAGCUUCGAAAAUUACAAACUGAAGUCCUCAUCGAAGUUCCAGAGAUCGACAACAACAACAACAGCAGCAAUGACCGCAGAGGGGAGGGGAAAAGAGGAGGAGGAGGAGAAAGGGGUGGCUAAUGUGAACAGUUCCUUUCCGAGCAAUCGGGACGAAAGAGAGGAGAGUUGCAAUGAAACUCCAGAAGGGGUGAUGGAUAAAACUGGAGUGGGAGUUAACAGUGUUGGACUUGCAGUAACGCAGCGCAGUGGCUGUUGUCAUUGCAGUAACAACAAUAAUGCAGGACAUGGUGCAACACAGUGCAGUUGUCACGGCAACGAUAAUGAUACAAAUAAGGAAUGUAGGGACUGCUGUUGCAGGUCCCUUAGUGAAACUACAACCUUGACGAAACCGUCGAUGACACCACUGUCUGAAAAGGGACCGGAUGUCACUGCUACUGGGGCUGCGGGUUCUAAGGCAGAGCCACAGAUGACCCAGUGUUGUCUGCGCAAAGCAAAGUUGAAGACUGACCAGCGGAAAGUGACCAAGAAGGGCAAUUUGUGGGUUUCACCACCGAAAGAGUUGUUCACUCCAGUCAUUGAGGCUAUUGCAGACUACAAUAUGAUACAAGAUGGGGAUCGAAUAUUGUUGUGCCUUUCUGGGGGUAAAGAUUCCCUCUCCAUGUUGCAUAUUCUUCAUCAAUAUCAGUUCUAUGCUAAAAGCAAGGGAACUCGCUUUGAUAUUGGUGCUGUGACAGUUGAUCCCCAGACCCCUUCUUAUAAUCCCAGUCCUUUGAAGAAAUAUCUAAGCUGUUUGGGUGUCCCAUAUUUCUUUGAAUCUCAAGGUAUAAUGGACACAGCCUCCAACCUCCCGUACAAAUGUGAGUCGAUUUGCAGCUUCUGUAGUCGUAUGAAGCGGGGACGUAUCUAUAUGUGUGCCCGGCGAGAGGGCUACAAUGUUGUGUCCCUGGGACAACACUUGGACGACCUCGCUGAAAGUUUCCUUAUGUCUUUCUUCCACAAUGGAAUCAUGAGGACCAUGAAGGCUCAUUACACAGUUCAGGAUAACGACCUCCGAGUUAUUCGACCUUUGGUUUAUGUCAGAGAAAAGAACUUACGAAGGUUUGCUGAAAAGAAUCAACUUCCUGUCAUCAGUGAGAAUUGUCCAGCCUGUUUCGAAGCACCAAAGGAACGUCACCGAAUGAAACAACUGUUGGCAGCACAAGAACUCCUCUUCCCGAAGAUCUACAACAGCAUGAGGUCUGCAAUGACACCUAUUAUGGCUAUCAACAAAACUGGCUUUAGUUCCAAGGAGCUGUUUGGAGUGAUGCACAGACAGGAAAAUGGUGAUGAAGAAGAAGACGAUGAUUGAGUACCAUGGAGAGAGCAAUUCAGCGGAAAUCUACAGAAGCAGCACGAGAUGUGUAAUGAGAUGUAUCGAGGUUAUUAAUCAGACUGGAUUUAGUAUGAGCGAAUUACAGUAUUUGUUGGCAUAAGAGACUCAUUGCUGUAUAAAAUGCACUGCAAUUUCAGCAGAACAGUCAGGAAAAAAAGAUUUUAGAGUAAUAAAGCCUAUGGGAGAUGCGACUUUGCAUAUAGGACCUGGGGUAAUUUUUUGGUAAAGUAUGGUAAUUAACCAGCAGCAUCGCUAGGGUUGAUGGUGUGACACCUGGUGCUGUAAUUCUUAAACUUUUGUACUGAUUUUUCUUUCUAUAAAUCUCUCAGUCCUCUUAAGAACUAGAGAUUUUAGUGAAAUGCAGUUUGUCCAAUAAAAAAAGUAUUGAACGAAUGUGAAUAAAAUUUGGUCAUACAAUCUAAUGACUGCACCAUGUUACAGGAUUUUUGUCCUUGGCUAGCAACUGUUAUUUCCACAUUUGCUGACCCCCUAGAAAGUAUGAAAAAAUGGUUAAUAUUUCCUUCAAACUUUGCUAUUGUUACAAUAUUCAUUCAAACCUCAAAGAAUCCCUUUCAACACAUGGUUAUGAUGCUCCCCCUCUACUCCUCUUCAUGAUCAGAGAUGCAUAUAUCGUCAGCCACCAAGGGACAUGCUCAACUGGUUAUGGUCAAGUGACUGACAAGCAAAUCUGUGGUAUUGAGCAGAAUAGUUGCUAUAACGAUAUUUCUGCUUCAGCAACUCAGCAUUGUAUCUGUGUGAAAUGUAAUGGGAAAUAGGUCAGUUUGAAAACAUUGAUGUGCAGGGUGACAAAAGCAGAGUUUGAAGGAAAUAAAAGUCAUUUCCUUUGGUUACCAGAUAAAAAUCAAAUAAGAAAUAACACUUAUUGACCAAAGACGAAUAAUAAUAAAAAUUUUAUUACACUAUGCUGGUGGUGUACAUCGUGAAUGUGGUUUUUUUCUUGUUGUUCUUUGCCUGUUGUCAUGUCAUUUUCACCUGUCCAGGUAGGUUGAAUACAGAUAAAGUGAUUACACAGAAAUGUUUUCACAUAUUUUUACAGCAUUGAUUCCUGGGCCUCAGUUUCCUAAUUAAAUCGUUAAUAAAUUAUUAAUAAAUAAUG